CAGUAUAACAAAAUUGAUAAAAAGGGAAUCUUUGAGACCAAUCUAUAGUUUCAAAAGAAUGAAUACGAAUUUCGCCUCAUAAUUUUUUCCUUACAUCAUGAUUUUAAUAUAUAGUGUCCUUAAGUGAAAAAAACUCAAUUUUUUACCAUAUCCCAGCAGUUCGACGGGACAGUCCUGAACUGACCGCUUAACCUACCUUAACCUACCCAGGUGACCGACUAUUUUAACAUGGGCUUGUCCUACGAGGAAGUCAAUAAUCGUCACUCUACUCCCUACAAAGUGACAGUAAAGAGACAAUUGUCUGCGCUCUCGCUUACAAAGGGGACACUAAAGUGACGAUAGUCUUCAUUCUCGAUUACAAAGGGUACAUUGUUGACGAAUGACCCAAAACAUACAAAUUACAAUCAUCCAGGUGGUUAACUAUUAGAAGAAAUUACUAUCUUUUUCGUAUGCAUUGACUCUUUGUCGAACUGCUGUAAUAUAUGAUAUGUCAUAACAUCAAGAAGACAACUUCAUUUAUAAAAACUGUUCUGAUAUAGAAAAGUCUAGUAGUAUAAACUGAUCACUUCAUUGAACUAACUAUGAGCUCAAGAUCAUUGUUCCUAUUUUAAGUUUAGAUUAUUUUAUGUAUUAAAUUAAAAAAUAUUACUAUACUAGAUAUAUUAACGAACAAUGCUAAUACUAUUAUAUCUGUUUUUUGUCGUUUUAUCAACAAAUAGUUUGUUCCAACUGAUUAUCAAACAACCAAAUCAUAAAACACUUAAAAUUAUUUGUAAAUUUCUUUAUAAAAAAUUCUUACACAACUUUUUUAGAUGCAAUCUAACAAUUUUAGUAAAAUUACUAUUUUUAUUUAUAAAUAGUAGAAUUCAUUAACUUAUAGAGUGUAGUACCUUUUAAGCAACAUGUCCGAACUUCCCAGUGAUCUAAACCAGUUGUUCAAUUUUAUAGAUGACAAUAAAUCGAAAUAUAUUGAUGCCUUAAGAACUGCCGUAGCCAUACAAUCUGUUUCGGUAUGGCCCGAAAAACGAGAAGAGGUAGAUCGUAUGGUAAGAUGGACUGAAGAUAAAUUAAAAGAAUUAGGAGCUGAAACCAGAUUGGCUGAUAUUGGUAAAGAAACUCUAGCAAAUGGAGAAGAAAUACCAUUACCUAAAGUCCUAUUGGCUACAAUAGGAAAGGAUUCGAAAAAGAACACUGUUUUAGUUUAUGGUCACUUGGAUGUUCAACCCGCUCUUAAAGAAGACGGCUGGGCCACGGAACCCUUCGAACUAACCGAAAUAGAUGGUAAAUUAUGGGGUCGUGGUUCGACUGAUGACAAGGGCCCAGUUCUCUGUUGGAUACAUGCCAUUGAGGCAUAUCAAAAGUUAAAUAUUGAUUUACCAGUCAAUGUUAAGUUUGUUUUGGAAGGAAUGGAAGAGAGUGAUAGUGAAGGUUUAGAUGAGCUGCUUAUGAGUCUUAAAAAUGAUUUUCUGCAAGAUGUUGAUUACGUUUGCAUUUCGGAUAAUUAUUGGUUAGGCAAAACAAAACCCUGUCUCACCUAUGGUCUACGUGGUUUGGUCUAUUAUUACAUUGAAAUUGAAUGUGCUCAAAAGGAUUUACAUAGUGGUGUAUUUGGUGGGACUGUACACGAGGCCAUGCCUGAUUUGUGUUGGCUUUUAAGUACUUUAGUGGAUAAAAAUACUAAGAUUCUAAUACCGGGUAUUGAAAGAGAUAUUGUUCCUUUGUUAGACAAUGAGCUGGAAAUGUAUGACAAAAUUGAUUUUGAUGUGGAGGAAUACAAAAAUGAUGUCGGUUCUGUUAGUUUGCCUCACAACGAGAACAAAUCCCAAUUAUUAAUGCACAGAUGGCGUUAUCCCUCUUUAUCAAUACACGGCAUUGAAGGUGCCUUCUCAGAAGCCGGUGCUAAAACGGUUAUACCUGCCAAAGUUAUAGGUAAAUUCUCAAUACGUUUAGUAGACAAUCAAGAUCCUGAUCAUAUAACCGAAUGUGUUCUUAAAUAUCUAAAUGAGAAAUGGAUCGAACGUGGUUCACCCAAUAAAAUGAAUGUGAAAUUAAUAAAUUCUGCUAAAUCUUGGUCUGGUGAUCCAAAUCAUCCUCAUUAUGAGGCUGCUAAACGGGCCAUGAACCAUGUCUUUAAUGUCGAGCCAGAUAUGAUACGUGAAGGCGGUUCUAUACCAAUAACUUUGACCUUGCAAGAGGCAACGGGAAAAAGUGUUAUUUUAGUGCCGGUGGGAGCCAGUGAUGAUGGUGCCCAUUCUCAAAAGGAAAAAAUUGAUAUUUAUAAUUAUAUUGAAGGAACAAAACUUCUGGGGGCUUAUUUAUAUGAAGUCGGCCAAUUAAAUUAGAUUUGUUAUUGAUAUGUAUUUUUUCAGAAAUAAAAGAAAAUAUAUACAAAUUGUUGAUUUAUUUAUUUGCUGGA